UCAACCAGUGUUUUCAAGGUCAAGAUGUAACUUGGAGCUGUGUUUUCUUACACAGUGCUAGAAGACGUACUCAGACCAUUUACUUAAGUGAAACUAACAAUACCACAGUGUAAAACUUUUAUUUAAAUAAAAGUAUAGAUGUAAUAGUAUUAAAGUAUUCUUGAAGUACCAAAGAGAAGCGGUGAAGUGUAUGAGAAGUAGGCGAGGAGGCGUCAUCUUCCGCAUUGGUGCUGCAGCAGGUUGUGUCAGCGCGUCAGUGUGCGAGACCGCCUUCAACCAGAGGUGGCCGAGUCCUGUUCACGGCCUGAUAUAACGGAGAGAGAAAGAGGAAAUGACCUGUGGUCUCAUCUUCUGCUUUGACGGGUUGGGCCAUAUGGUGUAGGACCGCCGGAGGACAACGCACAGAGGUGAGAUGAGGGACCGACUGUUGGAGCUGCAGACCUUCACCUCCAGGCCAGCAGAGGACAACCGCACGUAUGAGGGUAACCAUGACCAAACCACUGAGGAUGAAGAACAUCUGGUGCAACAGGCUGUUGUGUUUGAGGGAGAACACGUGAUGGAUGGUAUCUACAAGGAGGCCCAGACGAUGAGGAAGGAGAUGCUGCUGCUUAAAAUGGACGUGAAGCGUCUUGGGAAGCAGAACACCAGGUUCCUCACGUCUGUCAGGAGAAUCAGCAGCAUCAAACGGGACUCCAGUGCUGUGGGACGGGACAUUAAGGCCCGAGGGGAGGCCAUUUAUGCACGCCUGGAGAAGCUGGGGAAGCUGAGCAAAGAGCUGGAGGAGGAGCACGGGCUUACCUCAGCUGUAGCUCGCAUGGCACGUUCACAGUACGCGUGUCUGACCAACGCCUUCCACGAUGCUAUGUCUGAGUACAAUGAGGCCGAGAUGGUCCAGAAAGAGAACUGCAAGACCCGCAUCCAGAGGCAAGCGGAGAUCGUGGGCAAGGAGGUGAGCAGGGAGCAGAUAGACGAGAUGAUCGAGACGGGCAAGUGGAACGUGUUCUCAGAUAAUCUAGUACUGGAAGGGAAGACCGCCAGAUCUGCACUCAGUGAGAUCGAGAACCGGCACAAAGAACUUCUGGAGCUCGAAGGCCGCAUCAGGGACAUUCAUGAGCUUUUCUUCCAGAUGGCCACGCUGGUGGAGGAGCAGGGCUCAAUGCUGAAUAACAUAGAAGCAAAUGUAUGUGCUACUGAAGACUAUGUUGUAAAGGCUACAGCUGAGAUCAAGAAGGCUGUGAAAUACAACAAAAACAAUCCAUGCAAAAAACUCUUCUGUUGUUGCUUCCCUUGCUGCAAAUGAGAGCGCCAGUGUUAUUUUGUAUGUAUCUAUGUCAUGAGAAUGUCAAGAUUAGAAUCAAAUCAGCUUCCUAUGCAAAGAUGACUGUAAUAUCUUGCUUCGGUUUGUUGAGCACCAGCUCCACUUUAAAGCAGCAGCAGUGCCCAAAGUUGACACUCUAGUGUUAUUUUCUUCACUGAACUUGUCUGAGAAAAUUUUGAACAACACGUUUACAUGCAAAUGUACACAGUGAAAUAUGGGUGUUUACAUUUCCUCAUUGUUGCUGAGAACAGCUGUUGCAUUUUAGCUAUUAUUUAAUGCAUAACUCAGCUUCUUUACCUUUCAGCUUUGUAAGCUCUGUAGUGAUAUGUGGGAUAUUUAAGAAAUGAACAUAAAUCGAUGUGUCUCUAAAUAAAUGCCUAAGAGUGGCUAGUUUUGAAAGCCUGAAUGCAAAUCCAAGCUUGGAAGGGGAACUUAAAGUAGGUGUAUUUCUUAUUACAGCCGUUGCUUAACACUUCUUUAGAAACACAGCCCGUGAUUGUGGUUAGCUGGGGAGAAGAUAGAUUUGUGUGGAUUGUGUAACUGUACGUUGGCCACCCUAAUGUUUAGUUAUCACUGGCUGUAGGCCAGAGCUUCAUGUUUCUCGAGACCUGUUUUUCUUAUUUCACACAAAAGAU